CUGCUCCUGCCCGUCAACCUCUUCUGAUUGAAUCAAGCAAUAACCACUACCUCUCCCAUCACAACACAAAAUGACCUCCGCCGCUGAUCCCAUCUUCUCAAAGGGAGAGGACUGCAAGGUCGCCUGGCACGACGCUAGCGCCGGUUAUAAUGAGGCCGACACACACUUGGAGAUCAUGGGUAAACCAGUGAUGGAGCGCUGGGAGACCCCGUACAUGCACUCCCUGGCCACCGUCGCUGCCUCAAAAGGUGGUCGGGUUCUGGAGAUUGGUUUUGGCAUGGCCAUCGCUGCCACUAAGAUUGAGUCUUUCCCCAUUGAGGAGCAUUGGAUCAUCGAGUGUAACGACGGUGUCUUUGCCAGACUGGAGAACUGGGCCAAGUCUCAGCCACACAAGAUCGUCCCUCUUAAGGGUCUCUGGGAAGAUGUUGUGCCCACUCUGCCUAACAACCAUUUUGAUGGUAUUUUGUAUGACACAUACCCUCUGUCAGAGGACACAUGGCACACUCACCAGUUUGACUUCAUCAAGGGUCAUGCUCACAGGCUGCUGAAACCCGGCGGCGUCCUCACCUACUGCAACCUGACCUCCUGGGGCGAGCUGCUCAAGACCAAAUACGACAACAUUGAAAAGAUGUUUGAGGAGACCCAGGUGCCUCAUCUACUCCAAGCCGGCUUCAAGAAGGAGAAGAUUAGCACCACAAACAUGGACAUUGCACCACCCAGUGAUUGCAAAUACUAUUCCUUCAAUAAGAUGAUCACUCCCACCAUUCUUAAAGAGUAAAGUCCAAGGAAACUGGAGCAACCUUUUUUAUAACCCAAUGUGCCUUUUCACCUGACCCUCCUGCCCUCCUCUCAAUAAACUGUAGUCCUUCCCAA